AUGUCUAAAAUACUAAAGACUCUGCUUUUGUUCUGCUCUUUGUGGCAUGCGAUAUUGUGCGCUGAACUCAAUACGACUGUGGCACAAGUGAAAUUGUUGCCAGCAGACAUUGAGGAAGCGCAACUUUUGGCGAAUGCUGCCAAUGCAACAGAGUCGGCGUUGUCGACGGAGUUCGAUGGCGAGGACACGGAAACCAUCGAAGUGCCUGAGAAUCCCACGUAUUCGGACACAGCGGUAACCAACCCCUCUGAAGAACAAAUACGUCGACGACGUCAGCUUUUCUAUGAUCCCUCACUUUUGUUGCUUACAAAUUAUGGCGCUGAAGGCGGCAAAUGCAUUACUGCACGCGGUUAUCCCGGCAUCUGUAUGCGCUUUACUAGCUGUCAGCCGUAUUAUCGCACCAAACGGCAGUUUAAUUUUCUUAAUCUGCGUCAGUGGCCACAAGUGCCGAGUAUAGGACAGGACGUCUGCAGUUUUUACGACCAGUUCGGACGUCCAAAUACGGGCAUCUGCUGUACAGGCACAUUUAUGGGUGGUGCUUUUCCUGGCGCUGGUGUGUUUCCACCAUUCAUCUAUCCAGGCGGUGUGAGUCCGCUGCCCACACCACCAAUCGAACCGAUAGCACCCACACAGCCAGCGCAGCCAGAGGAGGAGUUUGAAGAGGAUAAGGAUGAAGAAGAUAUUAUUGAGUUGGAUCACCCGACAGAAGUUGAUCCACUAGUCGAUCCUUUGCAUGAGCCGACAACUGCUGACAAGCCAGACACCAAUGUCGUUUACGAUCCAAUCAAAGAAGAUGUAGAAGAGAAAACAGAAACGACGACAGCAAAGCCGGCAACAUUCUACAAUGAAUUCGCUUAUCAAUGGCCGAACCAGUUUGCUAACCAAUUCUCUAGCGUACAUCAAUGGCCACCACCAUUGCCAACACAUCCGCCAUCGGCCGCAGUUUGGCCGCCUCCACUGCCAACACAUCCACCCAAUCAUCAUUAUCCAACGCACGCUUCGGUGACUACAAAACCAAGCACGCCAGCAAGCUCGCCCUCGGUAACCACACGUCGUACCACUACUAGACGUCCAACAGCGGUGACUACACCACGUCCGGUGACAACUACAACACGCCGUCCAAGCUAUCCUAGUUAUCCAGCAUACCCUGGCUAUCCAAAUUAUCCUAGUUAUCCGACGUAUCGUCCAACCGCUGCGCCAACGACAACAACGCGUCGUCCGACCACACCGAUCUCAAGCGGUUCGUCGAAUUACGGCUUACCUGCACAAUGUGGCAUUAAGAAUCCGGCAGCGCCAGACCAGGAACGUAUUGUGGGCGGCACAAAUGCGAGUCCGAAUGAGUUCCCAUGGAUUGCGGUGUUAUUCAAGUCGGGCAAACAGUUUUGUGGUGGCAGUGUGAUAACGAAGAAUCAUAUUUUGACAGCGGCGCAUUGUGUCUCCAGAAUGACCUCUUGGGAUGUGGCGGCAAUGACAGCGCAUCUCGGCGACUACGAUAUACGGACCAAUUACGAAGUACAACAUGUUGUACGGCGUAUCAAGCGUUUGGUGCGUCACAAAGGCUUCGAUUUCAGCACGCUGCACAACGACAUCGCCAUAUUGACAGUAAAUGAACCCAUAAAAUUCACUUAUGAGGUCCAACCCAUUUGCCUGCCCAGCUCGAGCAGUCAACUGAGUCGUAGCUACAGUGGUAAGGUAGCAACAGUUGCAGGCUGGGGUAGUUUGCGUGAGAACGGUCCGCAGCCAUCAAUUCUGCAGAAAGUACAGAUACCCAUUUGGGCGAAUCAUGAUUGUGCGCGGAAAUAUGGACGUGCAGCACCGGGUGGCAUCAUCGAAUCGAUGGUUUGUGCGGGACAGGCGUCCAAAGAUUCGUGUAGUGGUGACUCUGGCGGCCCUCUGAUCGUGAAUGAGGGCGGACGCUACACGCAGGUCGGUAUCGUGUCUUGGGGCAUUGGUUGUGGCAAAGGCGAAUAUCCGGGCGUGUAUACGAGAAUCACUUCAUUAUUGCCGUGGAUUUACAAAAAUAUCAAAUAG